UUUAAGAGUUUAUUCAGGGACCUGGAGGAACGAUAAGAAGGAGGGGUUUGGGAGAUGUUUCUACAGCUCGUCAGCGUGAUAUGAGGGGCAGUGGGUGGAGAAUGAGAGGAGCGGAUGGGGGAGGAUGAGGUAUGAGAAUGGAGAUGUGUAUGAAGGAGAGUGGCUCAGGGAUAAACCCCACGGCCAGGGCGUGCUGGCGCUCAGGAACGGGAACAGCUAUCAGGGCUCCAUGAAGGACGGGAAGAAACAUGGACACGGACGCUUUGUCUACAGGGACAGGGGUCAGGUGUACCAGGGCUUCUGGGUAGAUGAUGCGCUGAAGUGUGGGACGGUGUGUGAGUGCGACAGGAAGAAAACACACACACCACAGCUGCACCCUUUACCCCCGGUGAUGCUGCAGGAUGUUCAGGCUGUACUGAAGGAGGCACGCAGCCAUUUCUGCUCCAGGAAAAAAAGGAUUAAUGGACCUUAACGGACCUUUGCCAAAAAAAAAAAAGAGAAACAAAACAAAAUAUAAAUAAAAAUAUACACCAAGCUUGUCUCUGAAAGUUAACUGAGAGAGUUGCCAUGCAUGCGACAGUCAGUGGUGUGCACGAGAUAAUUAACCUCAAAAUUACACCAUGUGCUUUAAGGGCCUCCAUGAAUAUAAUAAAUGAAUGAAUUAAUAAAAAAAUCUCUUAAAUAUCUCAGUGUUUGUUUAUUGUAGAUUUACACAGGUUUUGCAGAAUAAUUAAUCUUUUUACAAAAUCACUGAUAGUCUAUUUUCUUAUUGAAUUUCACUAAUAGAAUAAUAGUGAAAAUUUUAAUAAAAUUUUAAAAGUCUUA